GCUUUCUUUGUGCUUUCUCAUCUUUUUCCAUCUCUCCGUCAUAUGUUUGAGCCAGGCGUACGGUUGGGCUUGGGCUAAAUUCCCACUCUUUCUUUGUUGACAUUCUCCGGUUCAAGAUCUUUCGCGACGCGUAGCUCACGGAAUUCACAAUGGCGACCACAUCAUCCAUGUUCAUGUACUCGCUGAGUCUGGUGCCUUCGUCAGCGAUCACGCAAGCCAUUGUUGGACUUUUUGCGGGCACUAAAGAACAAUUCAUUUUGUCAGCAAGCGGAUCACGUCUCAUAUUGUCGCGGUUAAACGCCAGCACCGGGAAGCUCGUCACUGUACUUUCUACUGAUACCUUUAGCGUCAUACGAUCAAUCUCGACGGUACGUCUAGCAGGAAGUCUGCUUGACUACAUAGUCGUAACCAGUGACUCAGGGCGAAUAACAAUCCUGGAGUAUAUCCAGAAAGGGAACUUUUUCAAACGAAUACACCUCGAGACAUAUGGCAAAUCAGGUGUUCGACGUGUCAUACCGGGCCAGUAUCUCGCGGCUGACCCUAAAGGAAGGGCUCUCAUGAUUGCUUCAGCAGAGAAGAACAAGCUCGUAUACGUCUUAAAUCGCAAUGUUAAUGCCGAGCUUACAAUUUCGUCGCCACUCGAGGCACACAAACACUACGCACUAGUGUUUGCACUCAUAGGUGUCGAUGUCGGAUACGAGAACCCAAUCUUUGCCGCUCUAGAGAUUGACUACGAAGAAUCAGAUCAGGAUCCUUCAGGUCGCGCAUUCGAAGAACUAGAGAAGCACCUUGUCUACUACCAGCUCGACCUUGGUUUGAACCACGUCGUUAGGAAAUGGACAGACACUGUUGAUCGUACAGCAAACAUGCUAUUCCAGGUUCCUGGCGGCGAGGAUGGACCCAGUGGUGUCUUGGUCUGUGCAGAGGAGUCCAUCUCAUAUCGCCACAUGGAUGAAGAGGCUUUACGCAUCCCGAUCCCUCGACGAGGUGGUGCUACUGAAGAUAGUAGACGGAAACGCUACAUCACUGCUGGUGUCAUGCACAAGAUGCGGGGUGACUUCUUCUUCCUUCUCCAGACGGAAGAUGGUGAUCUUUUCAAAGUCAAGCUCAUAACGGACGAAGAGGACCCGUCGAAGAAAUCAUUGUCCAUCAAAUACUUUGACACUGUCCCUUUGGCCACCGCUCUCAUAAUCCUCCGAAGUGGAUUCCUCUUUGUGGCGAGUGAGACAGGGGACCACCGAGUGUAUCAGUUUGAGAAACUUGGUGACGAUGAUAAUGAGACGGAAUGGACAAGCGACCAAUUCUCAGCGGACUCAGAUGAACCUAUGAAGCCUGUAUACUUCCAGCCUCGGGCGUACGAGAACAUCACACCAUUUGAGUCAGUCUCUUGCAUGAAUCCGAUGACUGGAUGCAGGGUCACGAAUUUGACAGGCGAAGAUGCACCUCAAAUUUAUACCGUCUCUGGACUCGGCGCCCGCAGUCAAUUCAAGACCCUCCGACACGGUCUAGAAGUAUCGGAAAUAGUCGCAUCAGAUCUGCCCAACUACCCCUCUGCUGUUUGGACAACAAAGAAGACUGUCGCUGAUCAGUACGAUGCAUAUAUUGUACUCUCUUUUUCUAACGCUACGCUUGUUCUUGCUGUCGGAGAGACUGUUGAAGAAGCCACAGACACUGGAUUCUUGACGUCAGCUCCCACUAUUGGUGUUCAGGUAGCGGAAGAUUCAAUCAUCCAGAUACAUCCUCGUGGUAUUCGUCAAAUUCGCGCAAGCGGAUCUCUGGAAGAAUGGGAAGUACCGCAACAUCGUACUAUCGUCUGCGCUACGAGCAAUGAGAAACAGGUUGUAGUCGCGCUUAGCUCUGGAGAGUUGAUCUAUUUCGAAGUCGACACCGAUUCUGGCGGUCUAGGAGAAUACGAGGAAAGGCCUCAGAUGAGCGGCACUGUCACUUCGCUGAGUCUAGGUGACGUUCCUCAAGGGAAAAUGAGGAGUCCAUUCCUAGCUGUAGGCUGCGACGAUUCCACUGUUCGUAUCUUAAGCGUGGAACCUGAGACGUGCCUGGAAAGCAAAUCGAUUCAAGCUGUAUCAGCUUCACCAACUGCGCUGAUGAUAAUGGCCAUGGAAGAUUCAUCGUCUGGUGCUAUGACCUUGUAUCUUCACAUCGGUCUUUACUCUGGCGUUUAUCUGCGCACCGUUGUCGAUGAAGUGACUGGAGACCUUUCGGAUACCAGAACCCGCUUCUUAGGUGCCAAGCCUGUCAAGCUAUUCUCUGUAACAGUACAAGAGCAGCCUGCGAUACUGGCAUUAGCCUCUCGAUCAUGGCUGGGCUAUUCUGACAAUCAAAGUAAAGCCUUCCAAAUGACGCCUUUGAGCUAUACCCCGUUGGAAUUUGGUUGGAAUUUCAGCAGUGAAGUUUGCACCGAGGGGAUAGUUGGUAUCGAGGGUCAGAGUGUCCGGAUCUUUACUGUCGACCGACUAGAGGAAAACAUGAUACGAGAGGCCAUCUCGCUGGCACAUACCCCACGCGCAUUUGUACAGAAUCCUGAACAAGCCUUGUUUUACGUUGGCGAGGCCGACUAUAACACACUGUCGAAAGCGUCCAGAGCGAAGCUUCUGGCAGACGAAAUGUCCGACCAAGAUCGGCUACCAGCUGAGGAGUUCGGCUACCCGCGAGCAACGGACCACUGGGCAUCUUGCAUUGAAAUUGUGGAUCCGAUAGAGAAAAAAGCAGUAUUGGAAACGAUCCACUUGGAGGGCAACGAAAACAUCUGUAGCAUCACUGUCGCGGCGUUUUCAAGUCAGGACGACGAAUCAUUUCUGGUAGUCGGUACCGGUGUGGACGUGAAAGUCUUACCGCCCUCAUCAAAGGGUGGUUAUAUUCAUAUUUAUCGCUUCCUUGAUGAAGGAAGGUCUCUGGAAUUCAUCCACAAGACUAAAGUUGAAGAGCCACCCCUUACACUUCUUGGCUUUCAAGGUCGCCUUCUGGCAGGUGUUGGAAAUACGCUGCGAAUCUACGAACUGGGAAUGAAACAGCUGCUUCGCAAAUCACAACUACCCAAAGCUGUGCCGCGGAAAUUAGUUGGGCUCACGACCCAAGGCUCACGAAUCAUAUGCUCUGACAUUCAGGAGAGCGUGACGUACGUGGUGUACAAAUAUGCGGACAACCGGCUGAUAUCGUUCUGCGACGAUGCUUUCGCCAGGUGGACCACUUGCACUACCAUGGUGGAUUACGAGACAGUGGCCGGUGGUGACAAGUUCGGCAACGUAUGGCUUGUACGAUGCCCAUCCAAAGUGUCAGAGGUGGCAGAUGAAGAGGGCAGCGGAGCACAUUUGGUUCAUGAAAAAGGCUACCUUGGCGGUACAUCCCACAGACUGGACCAGCUUGUGCACAACUUUACACAGGAUAUUCCAACGUCAAUACAAAAAGUUUCGUUGGUCGCGGGCGGACGAGACAUCAUUCUAUGGGCUGGAUUUCAGGGUACCAUAGGCCUACUUAUUCCAUUCGCAUCACGCGACGACGUCGAUUUCUUUCAAAAGUUGGAGAUGGAGAUGAGAAGUGUGGAUUCGCCGUUGACAGGUCGCGAUCAUCUUAUAUAUCGAUCCUACUAUGUUCCUGUCAAGGGGGUAAUUGACGGAGAUCUGUGUGAGCGAUUCUCGAUCCUCAAGCGGGAAGUCAAAGAGAGGAUAGCUGGUGAGCUUGAGCGUACGGUCCGGGAGGUUGAGAGGAAGAUACAGGACAUGCGUACGAGACACGCGUGGUAGUGUGAUAUCACGAUGUAAUUAUAGCAAAACGAGAUGAAGACGAGCAACAAGCUCUGUGAUGACUGAAGAAGUAUCGGCUGCCAAGCCACGAAAUGACAUAGCAUGCGUAAUGUUUAGCUCUGUCGCCGAACUGAAUUGAAUUUGCAUCGAGC